CACGUCACUUAAUAGUCAGCGAGUACAUGCCGGUAUCUGGGUUUUUUUUUUUUUUUUUUUAGGUCCAUAUGUUUUGUUGUUGUUCUUGUUAAUAGCGUAAACACUCAUCGAUUCGGACGAACUCCGAUAUUGAAGGUAGAAAUUGGAACCCACUACAUACUGCAGCUUGCUGAUGGCCACCUACCAGGAAUUUAUCCAGCAGAAUGAGGACAGGGAUGGGGUGAGGUUUAGCUGGAACCUAUGGCCCUCCAGCCGACUAGAAGCAACCAGACUUGUGGUGCCGGUCUCCUGCCUCUUCACACCACUCAAGGAGAGGCCUGACCUGCCCCCAGUCCAGUAUGAGCCAGUCAUGUGCGGCCGGACCAACUGCAAGGCAGUGCUAAACCCACUAUGUCAAGUUGACUUCCGAGCAAAGAUUUGGGCCUGUAAUUUCUGUUUCCAGAGAAACCCAUUCCCUCCCUCCUAUGCGGUAAUUUCAGAAGUGAACCAACCAGCUGAGCUUAUGCCCCAGUUUUCUACCAUUGAGUAUAUAGUACAGCGUGGACCUUCAGCUCCACUGAUCUUCCUCUAUGUAGUAGACACAUGCUUGGAGGAAGAGGACCUCCAGGCUCUGAAGGAAUCUCUCCAGAUGUCCCUUAGUCUUUUGCCUCCCAACGCUUUAGUGGGCCUCAUCACUUUUGGACGCAUGGUCCAGGUUCAUGAGCUCAGUUGUGAGUUGAUCUCCAAGAGUUAUGUGUUCAGGGGCACCAAGGAUCUCACCUCCAAACAGAUCCAGGAGAUGUUGGGUUUAACAAAACCUUCUGCAUCAGGACAGCAAGGACGCGCUCCUGCACCUCAAGAUGCUGCAGCCUUUUGCAGGUUCCUUCAGCCUGUGCACAAGGUUGAUAUGAAUCUGACCGAUUUACUGGGGGAGCUUCAGCGAGACCCCUGGCCCGUUCCCCAGGGUAAAAGGCCACUCCGAUCCACUGGUGUUGCGCUGUCCGUUGCUGUUGGUCUACUCGAGGGCACAUUCCCCAAUACGGGUGCUCGUUUGAUGCUGUUCAUUGGCGGGCCCCCCACUCAGGGCCCAGGAAUGGUGGUGGGAGAUGAGCUGAAGACACCCAUCCGUUCAUGGCAUGACAUCCAGAAGGAUAAUGCUCGCCACUUGAAGAAGGCUACAAAGUACUAUGAAGCCUUAGCCAACCGAUCAGCAGUAAAUGGCCACAGUAUUGACAUCUAUGCCUGUGCUUUGGACCAGACUGGGCUACUGGAAAUGAAGUGUUUAUCUAAUCUCACUGGGGGACACAUAGUGAUGGGAGACUCCUUCAAUACCUCAUUAUUCAAGCAAACCUUCCAGAGAGUUUUCAACAAAGACUAUAAUGGUGACUUCCGCAUGGCCUUUGGAGGCAUUAUGGAGGUCAAGACGACACGAGAGCUGAAGGUUUGCGGGGCAAUCGGACCUUGCGUAUCGCUCAACUCAAAGGGUUCCUGUGUAUCAGAGAACGAGAUGGGCGUCGGUGGCACAAGCCAGUGGAAAGUGUGCAGUCUCAACCCUUCCACGACUUUGGGCAUUUAUUUUGAAGUCGUCAAUCAGCAUAAUGCACCAGUCCCACAGGGUGGCCGAGGAGCAAUCCAAUUUGUAACCCAGUACCAACACUCCAAAACUCAGAGAAGGAUACGUGUCACCACAAUUGCAAGGAAUUGGGCAGAUGCACAGUCCCAAAUUCAGCACAUUGAGUCAUCAUUCGAUCAAGAAGCCGCCGCUGUGCUCAUGGCUCGUCUGGGAGUAUUUCGAGCAGAGUCAGAGGAGGGGCCUGAUGUCUUGCGGUGGCUUGACAGACAGCUCAUUCGCCUGUGCCAAAAGUUUGGUCAAUUCAAUAAAGAUGAUCCUACAUCCUUCAAGCUGUCAGAAUCUCUGUCUCUUUACCCUCAGUUUAUGUUCCACUUGAGGCGGUCGCCCUUCCUGCAAGUGUUCAACAACAGCCCAGAUGAGUCCUCCUAUUACAGGCACCAUUUCGUCAGGCAGGACCUGACACAAUCGCUAAUCAUGAUACAGCCCAUCCUUUACGCUUACUCCUUUUAUGGCCCACCAGAGCCUGUACUCCUGGACAGCAGCAGCAUCCUGCCUGAUCGAAUCCUGCUGAUGGACACCUUCUUUCAGCUCGUUAUCUACCAUGGGGAGACCAUAGCCCAAUGGCGAAAGGCAGGAUACCAGGAAAUGGCCGAGUAUGAAAAUUUUAAACAGCUACUACAAGCGCCUCUGGAUGACGCGCAGGAAAUCCUGCAGACGCGCUUUCCCAUGCCACGCUACGUUGAUACGGAACAUGGAGGUUCUCAGGCCCGCUUUCUCCUCUCGAAGGUCAACCCUUCCCAGACCCACAACAACCUCUAUGCCUGGGGACAGGAGACGGGAGCGCCGAUCCUUACUGAUGACGUCAGCCUCCAGGUCUUCAUGGACCACUUGAAAAAACUGGCUGUGUCCAGCUCUACAUAGACCUGUUGACACCCUACUUUACAAGAUCCCCGAGACAUUUGAACUCUGGGAUAAUUUCCACUGGAAAAUCUAAAAUGUCAUGAAUCCCAAUGUUCAGCUAUGCAUAGACCCGUCCACAUCCUACCCUACAACAACCCUCAAAUGUCAUGGAUGCUGUCACUAUUAUUAAAACAACAACACUCUAAAGGCGACCUAGAAGACCGUGGAGGGGCACAAUAAUUGUAAAGACCCCACUAAAUCAAAAGUGUAGGAAAGCAGAACAUAAGCGGAGGAAAAACUUAAUUUUAAAAUCUCCAACUUGAAAUAUGGCCUCUACAGACAGUCGUUUUAAUUUUAACCAAUACUUAGUCAGGGAUAGACUGCACCAUUUUUCUGAAAUCAACAAAAAACAUCUGAAACCACCUGGGAAAAACUCUAUUAACAUGUCAGAAUUUUGAGACAGUUGACCAAAACACUGAGCUAUUGCAAAGUAGCUGUAAUGUAUAUUUUGUCUUAAAAAGGGACAUUUCCAUGUUAGCAAACUAUUGACCUAUCUCAAAUCUCCUUUUCAUAGUCCAGGUUUAUUUUUAAUCAGCUCAGCAAUUUCUUGAAUUUAUAUGAACAAUUAAUGAUUUCAUCAAUUACUAAAAUUGCCUUUUACCAUCUGAAUAACAUAUCCAGAUUGAAGGCUUCCAUGUACCAAGCAGAUGAGGAGAAGCUCGUCCAUACUUUUAUCUCAUGAAACUUGAUGCUUGUAAUGGUUUUUUGACUGGACUCCCCCAAAGAACUUUAAACAGCUGCAGCUCGUUUUCUGACUUGAACAAAGAUGUCAGAGCAUAUAGCUCUAAUUCUAAAGUCAUUUCUUGACUUAGUCAUCUUUAGAAUAUAUUUUCAAGUUCUGCUACUCGUCUAAGUUAAAAAAUUAAUUUUUAGGUCCUCAACACAAGUAAAUUGUUAUGCAAUAUGAAGCCAGUGAGAUUGACGGACUCAACUUAGUGAAGCAGAAAGCCCAACGCAAAUAUGAUGAAGCACUAUUUAGCUAUUGUGCUGCGCACAAAUGGAAUAAGUUGCCAUGGGAAGUGACGUCAGCUUCAAGUGUGAACUUUUUUUUUUUUAAGUCCCCGUUUUUUUUUCAAUUUUUUCAGUUUUUUGCAAUUUAAAGCAUUUCCACGUUAAAAUAUUUCUUGUACUGUAUGCGGUUUUAACUGGACUUUUUUUUUCUGUUUGUUUGUCUAUCUGUGACUGGUUAGCACUCAGAGUUCUGAUGACCCCUGUUUAAAAUCAGUCCUCGUCUGUGUAGUAUGUAUGUUCUCUUCAUGCCCGCGUGAGUUUUCUGCGACUGCUCCGGUUUCUUCCCACAUCCCAAAAAGAUGCAUUGUCGGUUAAUUGAAGACUAAAUUACCUGCAGGUGUAAAUGUAAGUGAGUGUGGGUUUUUUUUUUUUUAAUAAUGCGUUCUAUGAUUGGCUGGCGAGGUGUACCCCACCUCUCGCCAAAGUUAACUGGGAAAGGCUCCAGCAUGCCUGCGGCCCAAGUGAGGAUAAGUGGUACAGAAGAUGAAUGAAUGUUUUAAAUGUCUAUAAGCUGUUUUUUUUUUUGUUUGUUUUUGUGAUACUUUUAAUCACAUGAAGCACAUUGUGUAUAAGAAGUGAUCUAUAGACGUUUGCUUAGCCUUACCAUGGCAAAACACAAGGAAUUCACAAGACAUUCCAGUUCAGCUGUCAGCAUCCAAUAAAUGCCUCCAAAUGUUAACCUGCUUUUAUUUUUAUCUAUGUUGACUCAUGUGACCCUUUCAUUGUGCAAUUUCUAUAAUGUUUGAUAUGACCUUUGACGCGCAAAGUGAUUCAAAUAAUCGGUUCUUUGUUUUAUUGUCUGAUGCAGCGCACACAAAGUGCUGUUAAACAAAUAAAUGGCUUUGUCUCGAACUAAA